AUGCUGUUACAACAUUUCAUCAAAGAAAAACUGGAAAAGAAUGAAUUCAAAGCAGCUCUUGCAAAUAAGGAAUUAGUUUUCUUUAUGUUUUUGUUUAGGGCAAAGAUUCAUGAAGUUCCCAAAUUGCGUGAGGAAGGAUCUCCUAAAAUACCACUGCAAUGUGCACGUGUUAUAAGGAUGGUCCGAGAUGGCUAUUUUGGCUUUAAAGACUAUUUUCAAUCUCUAUGUAAUACUGUGGACGGUGGUAAAGACUUCUAUUUUCUUGGUUCUGAUUUUGGGAGCUAUUUAGAAGCUCAGGCUGUUGUUGAUAAAGCAUUUGCGGAUUCAAAUAAGUGGACUCAGAUGAGCAUCUUUAGCACAGCCGGUCAGGGAUAUUUAGCAGCAACAGAACAAUCCAAGACUACGCGGAGAAGACUUGGGGAAUUGAACUGUGCAGAUUCCCUUCUGAUGGCUAGCUCACCCUCACCCUCAUCCACACCCCAGUAG